AUGACAGCACCACCGGCUGUAGACCUUGGAGAUAAUGUGACGGUGGCAGCAGCAACUUUGGCAGCUCUCAGCCCAGAGACAGUAAGCAGGUCAGCUUCUGCACAGUGUCUCCUCCAGUGCAAGAAGGGAGCCAAGGAAACCUUAACCUGCCCAGAGUGCAGAGGAGUCAUCAAAUACAGUGAUUUGAUGUCCAAGGGGAAUCUGUCCAUGACUGGCAAAAUGCUCAGACAGAGCAUGGUGGGCCUGACCACCUGUGAUCAACAUAAGGAAAAAAGGAAGCUCUUCUGUGAGGAAGACAAGACAGUCCUCUGUGAUUCCUGUUUAUUAGCCCCAGAGCACAAGGGCCAUCAAGCCCUUCCCUUGGAAACAGCUGCUGACAAGAGCAAGGACAAGCUCCAGGAGACAUUGACUGUCUUAAAGAAAAAAGAAGAGGAAUUUAAAAUGGCAUUGGAUGAAGUGAGAAGGAGAGAGACUCACCGUAAGGAGGCUGCCUCCAAUUUGAAAUGCUCUGUUAUUUCUGAAUAUGGAAAAAUGCACCGGUUCUUAUGGGAUGAAGAAUAUCAAUACCUGCAAGGAAUGGGACAGGAAUCCAAAGAUAAUCUGGCCAAACUGGAGAAGGAAGUAGAGGAGAAUUUGGACAAGGUGCCCUUGGAAAUGCUGCAGGAUGUGAAAGGCACUAUGAAAAGAAAUGAGGAACUGCUACUUCAAGAACCAGAGCUUCCUUCCCCUGGCUUGACCACCUGGUACAUCACAGGAUCAAGAGAAGUGCUCUUGAGUUUCCAGAGGGAUAUAACUCUUGAUCCUGAAUCAGCCAAUCCUCAUCUCAUCCUGUCUGAGGACUUGAAGAGGGUCCAGUAUGGAAGUGGCCCCCAGGUCCUGCCUGACAACAAAGAGAGAUUUGACUAUGUUCUUGCUGUUUUAGGGGUCCAGACCUUCACCUCAGGGAAACAUUAUUGGGAAGUGGAGGUGGGAUAUAAGACAGUGUGGGAAGUGGGCAUCUGUAAAGAUUCAGUCAUCCGAAAGGGGAAACUCUCCUCAUCUGAGGGUGUAAGGACCCUAGCAGGCUGCGUAUUUGGAAAUCGUUUCGUCCUUUUGAAUUCACAUAAUUGUUUUCAAUUUAUUCAGCCUGUAUACAAAGUAGGCAUUUUUCUUGAUUAUGAAAAGGGACAUUUAGCAUUUUAUGAUGUCACAGAUGGAUGCCUUAUCCACAGUCCUUCAAACACAGUCUUUGAAGGGCCUCUUCGCCCUUACUUCUCUUUUGGCAUUCCUAAAGAAAAAAUUAUUCCUGGAUCACUCAUUAUCUGUCCUAUUAAUAAUCAGUAG